CGUGGAUGCAUCGCGAUGCAUGGAGGAGGAUGUCUAGGCUAAACGGCCUUACAGUACGCUGCCCGAGCUCUUCCUGGGCCAAGAACAGGGAUACGUGGAAAUACUCCAAGGCGUCCUAUGGCCCGUCAUAAACCGGAACCAAAAUUUCACGUCGGGACUGUCUUCUCUGUUCACUUACAACACCAUGGAUCAAGUAGGUCAAAGUUGUGCACAUCGGCUUACCCCCAGGACGCCUUCAGGUCACUGUUGUCAGCCCCUCGAACGGGCGAAAGCUCUCGACGCAAUCUCAGCGGCCCGCCUCCGAAGCGAGGUUGGGGUAUCAAGUCCAAAUCCGGGAAAGAAUGAGAAGCCUUCCUUUGCCCCGAGGGCGCAACAGAAGAAGCAAUCACAAGAGAAGUACAAGGACCGUGCAGAGAUGAGGAGACAAGGCAUGGAUGACGAGUAUAAGCCUGUGGAAAAGCUUUUGGCGGAUCUGGAAGAACGGGCGAAAGACGCUGGAGAGGAUUCUGCCUUGACAAAGCCCGCCAAUACCUCGGGGGAGAUGCUGAGCAUUCGAUCCUGGUUAAGGGUCUAGACUUUUCGUUGUUGGCCGCCAGAAAAGCAGAGAUUGCUCGAGAGAAGGAGGAAGUGGCGGACGAUGAGCUCGAUGCUCUACUGAGUCGUGACAAGCUCGAAUCUUCAAAGGCACCAGUGGAGAAACAGGAGACAAUUGGCAAAGGAUUCAAAUCCAUUAAUAG